AUGGACAUCAGUGCGUGGAGCGGCAUCGCCUCCCUUUGGCUCCGCCUGUCCCGACACCGGCCCCGGACCCGGCUCCUGGCUCCUCCCGGGCCCGUGGAGCACACACACGGCACGGCUGCUCCUGCUGCCUGUGUUGCGGUUUCCCAGGCCCGAGCUCCACCGCUCGGCAGCGCGGUCGCUGGCCCUGAGCCUCUGCUGUCCCGUUCCAAAGAGCGAACACCUGGGGCUGCCCGGCCCGGGGCGGCUGAGGGGUGCUCAGGGCUCAUGUCUGGCCCCGGGCCGAGCGCUGACAGCCGCGUCUCGCUGGCAGGGGAGGCGCAGCACGGCACGAAGGAGCGGUACCAGCUCGGUUUGCUGCUGGGGUGUGGCGGCUUUGGCAGCGCCUGGGCGGUGACUCGGCUCUCGGACAGUGCCCCAGUGGCCAUCAAAAGGGUGCCAUGAAACCAUGUCCAGCACUGGGGCAAGCUGCCCGAUGGCACCAGCGCACCACUGGAGAUCGUGCUGCUGGACAAGGUGUCCACUGGCUUCCCUGGAGUUCUCCAGCUGCUGGAGUGGCUUGAGUUCCCCAAUGACAUCCUGAUGGUGCUGGAGCACCCGGAGUGGUGUCAGGACCUCCGUCAUUUCAUUUGGUCACAGGGGUUCCUGUCAGAGGAGGUGGCACAGGAGCUGUUCCGCCAGGUGCUGGAGGCCGUGCAGCACUGCACCAGCUGUGGGGUCCUGCACAGGGACAUCAAACUGGAGAACAUCCUGCUUGACCUGGCCACCGGGCAGGCAAAAUUGAUUGACUUUGGCUGUGGCACCUACCUGCAGGACACAGCCUACACUCACUUUACAGGAACACCGUCCUACAGCCCCCCAGAAUGGACCCACUUUGGCUGGUACUAUGGCAAGUCAGCUACCCUCUGGUCCCUGGGCAUCCUGCUGCACCAGAUGGUCUGUGGGGAGCACCCUUUCAGGAGAGGCCAGAACAUCAGCUGGAACCAUCAGCUCUCGCUGCCACAACAGGUCUCUCAAGAGGGCCAAGAUCUGAUCAGAUGGUGCUUAUCCAUGCUCCACAUGGAAAGGCCCUCAUCAGAAGACCUGUUUUGUGACCCUUGGAUGCAGCAAAUUCACCUGCCAUAG